AACACUUUGAUAGAUGUGCUUGACAGAGAGAAUUAGAUAACACUACAGACAUCUCACUUCGUGGGUGUGUGGGAGAGAUUGUGUCAAUUUCCUCAGAAAACAAAUGGCUCCUUUAUCUCCUCACUGGACUCUUGCAUUUGGCCUUCUUGGUAAUGUUGUGUCCUUCAUGGUGUUUCUGGCACCGAUCCCAACAUUUUAUAAAGUAUACAAAAAGAAAUCAACCGAAGGGUUCCAAUCAGUUCCGUACGUGGUGGGAUUAUUCAGUGCCAUGCUCUGGAUCUACUACGCUUUGCUCAAGUCCAACGCCUUCCUUCUCAUCACCAUCAACUCUGUUGGAUGUGUCAUCCAGACCAUUUACAUUGUUAUCUUCCUCUGUUAUGCACCCAAGAACGCCAAGCUUCAAACUAUUAAGCUACUGGUCGGGAUGAAUGUCGUCGGAUUCGGAAUGAUAAUCGGAUUAACUCAAUUUGUGGCGAACGGAGUAGCAAGCCGUGUGACUAUUGUAGGCUGGAUAUGCCUGGUGUUUUCCUUGUGUGUGUUCGUUGCUCCUCUCGGUGUCGUGAGACAAGUUAUCCGAACAAAAAGUGUGGAAUACAUGCCAUUUCUCCUGUCUUUAUUUCUCACUCUGAGUGCUGUUAUGUGGUUCUUCUACGGCCUUCUUCUCAAAGAUAUCAAUAUCGCCGUUCCAAAUGUGCUGGGAUUCUCCUUCGGUGUAAUUCAGAUGGUGCUCUACAUGAUGUACAAGGACGCACAGAAAAUCAACACAAAAUCCGAAAAGCUCCCGGAAUUUCAAGACCAAAUUAUAGUCGUAGAUGAACGCAAAUUUCCGGAACUAGCUGAACAAAUAGUCGACGUGAUGAAGCUUAGUGCACUGGUCUGUUCGGAGAUGAAGCCAGUGGCGCCUCCAACUCCUUGUGGAAACGAGACUCCGGUGGUCGUGGCGGUGCCUCCACCGGCAUUGCCAGUGCAACCAGUGGCCGUAGCAUGAGUUCUGAUAUAUGAAGUUCAUCAAUGGAGUGGGAUUGCGGUUUUUGUUAAUUUGCCAUGCAUGUAUGAUCACGUGCGUCAUGAGUGUCACGUGCAUGCUCUCUUCUUAAUUUGUAGUGUCUUUAAUUAACCGUGAUCAAUCAUGGGUUAUCUAAUUCUCUCUAUGUAAUUACACUUUAAUUAUGAUAAUUAUGAAAUAUAUCUCGACUUUUAUAUA